GCUUUUAACAGUGAAGGCCCUCUCAGCAGCUUUUUAUUGAAUCCAUAUGAAAAGGAAAAUAAAUUGCCUACGGAGUAGCCUUUGGACGUAAGCAAAACGCUUAAUCGCUGUGAAAAAGGAAGAGCCAUAUUAAGCUUCAACAGCAACAAUAAUUAUAUACUAGAAAUUCAUCGCCAGGACGUGAUUCUAAUAAUUUUAGAAGAAGUAUUUAGUCUACAACUAGACUUACACUGCGCCGACUUUAAAAAAAUUUCGAAGCAAAUAUCGUCUAUCUUUCAAAAUGAACCCGAGGAGUAUUACUACAUUCCCCGAGGCCCACGUCGAAAUCCUGGAGGCAAACUUAACGACAAGUAUCAUAACAUAAAAAAUAGACAACGCAAAACCAAAAAAAUUGACAUCCAACCAGCGAACAAUGAAGAUUUCGAAGACGAAUUUGACGAAACGCACCUUCAAAAUCUGAAGGAAAAGUUGAUCCAAAGUCCUGCUGAGGGUUUUUGCUAUUAUUCAAACCCACCUAAAGAAUCUGAAAUUUGGCGUCAAACUAUAAUUUUGCGCAAGAGAGAUUUGCGAAACGUGAAAAACAAUUCCUGUUUUUUAGAGGUUUGGCUAUAAAUUGAUUGAGUAUGAUUUUGAGGUCCUACACCCAGAAAAGGGAGACAAGUUAGCCUCAAAAUGGAAUAAUUUUAAGAACAAUAUCAGCAACUACUACGAACAGUUUGUGAAGGACAGAAAGUCCGGAGAGGAAUACGUGUCGGCAAAACGAAUAACAAAUGAAGACAGUAUUGACUACAUUAUUUCCAAAUUACUUCACAGCAUCAUAUUACCAAGGUCAAGACGGUAAAACUAAAAAAAAGUUCACCAUUGUAGAUGCUCAGGAAAGCUUUACUCUGCAUUUGACUGCAAUUAACAACUAUAAAGUACGAGUACGAGAGCUACAAGAAAAAUAUUUUGCUGCUGCAUUAACACUGCAACCACUUAUUAUAGUCGUAGGUAAUGAUAUAUGCCAACUUAACGAAUUUUAUGUGCAUUUUGAUGGAAUACUUUAUAAACAAAGCUCAUACCUUAACUGUUUAUGUAUUUGCUUUAAAAUUUUUCACGUACUAAAUUUAAAUUACCCACUUGCUAGUGAAAAUGUAUGGCUUUUCAUACAAAAUCAUUUCUAUUCUAUAAGCACUCGAUAUGAUAAGCCUUCUCCGGCAAUCGUGGCCUUACUAAACUACUUUAAGGGUAAAGAGUAACAUCAUAUUGUAGUUUUAAAAACGUCAUGAAAUAUUUAUGUUUUCAAUGUAUUUCUAGCUUUUUAAAGGUAGAUGAAUUACUCGAACAUCUAAAAGUAUGUCAUUUCAUAAGAAGUUUUGAUAGAGUACAAUGCAAGCAGUUUAAUUGUAAGCAAGUUUUUACCAAUCUCAAAGCAUUUCGUUCAUAUUUAGUAAAGACUCAUUCAAAAGAUUGCAUAUCAUACACCCAAAACUAUGAACACCAGAUAGCUCAACAUAGGGAAAGAGAUGUGAACUGUAUUGAAGCCCCCCAAUCAAACUUUUUAACUUGUGAAGCCAGUGAAGAAAAAUUACUUUAUCCAAUAAUAGAUAAACUAAAGAAACAGUUCUUUUUGUUCACUUUAAAGUUGUAUGCUAAAGACAAUAUACCUCGUAAAGAUGUCGUUGCAAUACAAAGUAUUGUUACAGAAAUUGUAAUGUCUCUAGUUAAAUUAUUCGAAGAAUUUAAAACUUCGGAUAAUACAAGAAAUUUAAAGUUGAUUCUCGAAAUAUGUAGUGUUCCGUAUAGAAGUUUUAAAACAGAACAUUUGUUUUUUAAGUAUAUGGAGAGUAUUUUCUUAUUUAAGCCACCGCAACCAUUUCUAAUAUCAAACAUAUUAGCUGAAACUGUUCAGCGAGGUCAACCUACUUUAGGCAUCAAGCCCAUUAAUUAUUACUUAAUGUCAGUUAGGUUUCAGAUAAAAAGGCUCUUUGAAUUGCCUGGUGUCCUCGACAAAACCUUGACAAAUAUUAAAAACGAUAUCCAAACCCAUGAAAUUGAAAACUUCGUUAACGGAGAUAUAUUUAAACGGAAAACACAAUUUUUAAAACAAGAAUAUGUUAUACCAUAUAUACUUUUUUUUGAUGAUUUCGAGUUGAAUAACCUUUUGGGUUCACACACUUCUGCUAUAUGCGCUGCUUAUUAUAUGUUUCCAAAUCUUCCUGAACAUCUUCUCUCAAAAUUAGACUUAAUUUUUUCUUUUGGAUUCGUUGAAACAAAGAAAUUGAAGGCCAUGGGAAACAGAACAACUUUAACCCCCCUUAUUAAAGAAAUAAAAUAUCUGGAAGAAAAAGGUUUAGAGAUUAAAAUCGACGAUAACAGUUUCCAAGUAUAUUUUGUAUUAGGCUUAGUAGUAGGGGAUAACCUUGGUUUGAAUACAAUCUUGGGGUUUUCUAGAUCGUUUAACAGUUCUUUGUUUUGCAGAGUUUGUAGAUUAGACAAAGUUUCAACUAAAUCCACUUGUGAAGAAAAUUUACACUUGCGUAAUAUAAGAAAUUAUGAAGAAGAUAUACAACAUAAUUGUUCCCAAAUGACAGGAGGGUAUGAAAAUUGUAUUUUUUAAUGCAAUUGGUACAUUUCAUGUUACCGAGAACUAUGCAUUUGACAUAAUGCACGAUCUCUUUGAAGGUGUAUGUGUAUAUGACAUAUGUAAUAUUAUACUUUCUUUACUUAACUCUAAUUACUUUACCCUUGAGGAAUUGAACUCGAGAAAAACUUUAUUUCCAUACUGGGAGACCGAAAUAGCUAAUACAUCUCCUUCACUGGAGCUAAAUAAACUUAAAUCUAUGCGACUUAAAAUGACGGCUAGAGAAUGCUUGACAUUUUUACACUUUUUGCCACUAAUGAUAGGAGAUAAAGUCCCUCGGGAUAGUGACCAUUGGAAGUUAUGUUUACGUAUUGAAAUUGUCGACUUUGUUCUCAAGCCUAGCUUUAAAAUACAGGGAGAUAUUGAACAUUUAGAGAAGCUUAUUAGAGAUCACCAUUCGCUCUAUAUAUCUUUGUUUGGCGAAACUCUCAAACCAAAACAUCAUUUUAUGACUCAUUAUCCUUCAGCAUUAAGAAUGUGUGGUCCGCUGAAAAAAAUUUGGUGCUUUCGGUUUGAGGCAAAGCACAGACAAUCAAAGAUGUAUUCAAAAAGUAUUACUUCAAGAUUAAACCCACCCUGGUCUCUUGCUACCAAGGCUUCGCUGAAAUUCUCAGAAUUUUUAAUCAAAUACUCCGAAGGAUUGCCUAUCGAUUAUGAGCUGAAGACCUUUACUGUUCUAAAUUUGCGUUCUUUACCUUGCUAUGAUUCAAUUGUUGACUCAGAUGCACCACAAGGAAAUUUCAGAGAAACGAAUGAAGUCAAAUAUAGGGGAAACCAAAUUUAUGUGUUGUGUUAUUUUAUUGAAAUAAAUUUAUUUGAUAAACACUUUCAAGCCUUUGAGAUUGGUAAAAAAACGUAGCAAUGAAAUUUAUUUAAGGAAUAUAUCAUUUUUUACAAUCCCACCACUUAUCAUAUAUACGAUUAACAACGGAAAAUCAUAUGUUAGAAAUAAGUUUCUUUAAUUACAUACUUAUUUGGUAAAAAAUACAGUAUCGGUCAUAUCAACAGCACCCCCAUUUCAAAGUGAUAUUGUUUGCCAGAUAUGUUUAUGUACUUAUUUAUUUUCCAAAAUUUUCAAUUGAAAUAGAGUUCAUUCUCUAGCAAAACGCAUAUUAACCUCAGUUUGAAACUUUGUAGAAAAUUACAAAAAAAAAACUACAUUUUCAUCCAAAUUUCAAACUUUUUCUCUGAAGUCUUAGAAUUGAUGAAUGAUGAAAGUUGCUGUUUUUUUUAGUUUUCUACAUGAGCUCUAGAAAUUUGAAAUUCUUAAAAAUAAAUAAAUAAACACACCUGGCAAACAAUAUCAAUUUGAAAUGGGAGUGAUAUUUAUGUGACCGAUGCUGUAUGUGAA